GUCCCAGACCUGAACUGAAGAGAAUGUUCCGGGAUCCCUGCCCCGCCAGUGGGGGAAACACCUGCCGCCCACGUGCCCUCACCUAACCGGAGCGGGGGUUGCCUCCGCCCCUCCUGAUGGCCUUGAGAGUAAAGAGAAAGUGAAAGGGGAAGAGCAGGCUUCCGGGCUGAGGAGAUCGCGGCGCCAUGAAGCCCUUGUCCUUUCUCCUCGCUGUGGUUUUGGGCUUGGCGACCGCCGUCUCGGCCGGACCUGCGGUGAUAGAGUGCUGGUUCGUGGAGGAUGCGGGCGGGGGCCGCCUGGCCAAGAAACCCGCUGCACUGCUGCUGCGCCAGGGCCCGGGGGGACCACCUCCCCGGCCGGACCUCGACCCGCAGCUCUACCUCAAAGUGCAUGACCCGGCGGGCGCUCUCCAGGCCGCCUUCAGGCGGUACCCCCCGGACGCCCCCGCGCCACACUGCGAGAUGAGCCGCUAUGUGCUGCUCCCCGCCUCGGCGAAUUGGGCCAGCGGCUUGACCCCGGAGCACAACUGCCCGCGGGCUCUGGACGGGACUUGGCUCAUGGUCAGCGUGUCCAGCCAGGUCCUCAGCCUCUCCGGCCUCCUGCGACCACAGUCCGAGCCUCAGCCCGAGCCCGCUCUCAUCACCACGGCAACAGCUGUGCUGACUGUCCUCACCCACACCCCCACCCCUCGAAUCCGACUGGGACAAGAUGCUCUGCUGGACUUGAGCUUUGCCUACCUGCCCCCCACCCUCGAGGCCGCUACAUCUCUGUCCCCAGGUCCCCCUCCCUUUGGGCUGGAGUGGCGACGCCAGCACCUGGGUAAGGGUCACCUGGUCCUGGCUGCAACUCCUGGGCUAGGUGGGCAAAUGCCAGCUGCCGAAGAGGGGGCAGUGGCAUUUGCUGCUUGGGAUGAUGAUGAGCCGUGGGGUCCAUGGACUGGAAACGGGACCCUCUGGCUGCCUGCAGUGCGGCCCUUCCAGGAGGGCACCUAUCUGGCCACCGUACACCUGCCAUACCUGCAAGGGCAGGUCACCCUGGAGCUUGCUGUACAGAAGCCCCCCAAAGUGUCCCUGAUGCCAGCACCUCUUGUAUGGGCUGCCCCCGGAGAGGUUCCCCCAGAGUUGCUCUGCCUGGUGUCCCACUUCUACCCCUCGGAAGGCCUGGAGGUGGAAUGGGAGCUCCGGGGAGGCCCAGAGGGCGGUAUUCAGAAGGCCAGGGGAGAGAAGUGGCUUUCUGCCCUGCGCCACCACUCAGACGGCUCUGUCAGCCUCUCCGGACACCUGCAGCCACCCCCGGUCACCACCGAGCAGCAUGGGGCACGCUACGCUUGCCGCGUCCACCACCCCAGCCUGCCCGCCUUGGGGCGCAGUGCUGAGGUUACCCUGGAGGUGGCAGGUCUCUCCGGGCCCUCCCUGGAGGAUGGCAUAGGCCUCUUCUUGUCUGCCUUUCUCCUCCUGGGCCUCAUCAAGGCACUGUGCUGGGCUGCUGCCUAUUGGUCCACUUCCAAGGAGUCAAAGGAGAAGACACACAUGAGUGAUGGCUACUGUAUUGGACAGUGGAGCCCAGGAGGGCUGUUGGAAGGGUUAAAGGAGACUUUGGAAGAUGCAGGAGCAGAAGCACUCACUGCACAGUGUCUGCCAGGCAGAAAACACACGGAAAAUAAAGCACAGUGAGGGCCCUCACCAUCAUCCAGCAGAAGCCACCAUCAUCUCUGGUCUGAGCUACUAUAGUAGCUCCCCCAAAUACUACACCAUCAUCUGCUCCUGCUCCCUCCAAUCUCUCUCCACUGAGUGGCUGGAAUCCUUUUUUAAAAGACACAAAUCUAUAGCAUGCACCUUCUUAGAGCUCUAGGGCAGUGGUUCUCAAAAUUUUUAGUCUCAGGACCUCUUAAAAAUUAUCAAGAACUCUAAAGAGCAUUUGCUCAUGUGGGUUAUAACUAUAGAUAUUCAGCGUACUAGAACUUCAAACUGAGAAAAAUUAAAACAAGAAUACACAAGCACAAAUUUCAUUAGCUGUGAGAGCGAUGUCAAAACACAUGAGCUUCUGGAAAACUCUCCUGUACAUUUUUUAGAGAAUGAGAGUGAAGGGGCAAAUAACAUCUCAGUAUUGUUACGAAAAUAGUCUUAACCUCACAUGUCCCGUGAAAUAGGGACCUCCGAGACAGGAACCACACUUGGAGAACCCGUGUUCUAGAGGUCAAAUCCAUUCUUCUUGCCCUGGCCUCCGGGCCGAGCCACUGCUUACAGCUUCAACUCCACCUGAUGCCCUCCAGCCUUCUCAAUGCUCAUCACACCGACGGCUAUGCCUUUCCUCCAGUGGCCUCCCGCCCUCACGGGGCCCCAGCGCCCUGUUCCCUCUGCCUGGUCCACCCUCGCCCUCCCUGGGCUCCAGAUCAGGUCAGCCUCGUCGUUCCCCUCAGACUGCCCCGUGUCCCUCUUGUGCGGCUCACCACGGUUGUAUUUAAGUGAUUGUGCCAGUCACUGUUAAAUGCCUGUCUCCCCUCCCGGACUGUCGGCUCCUCGAAGCCCAGCACCAUCCUGUCUCUUCCGCUGCUGUGAGCCCUGCGCCGCUCAGGGCCUGGCGCCCACUGGAGGGGGCUCAAUUUAAGUUAUCGUCUUUUGCGUCUCGUCCUAAGUCUUCAAUAAGAAGUGUUGGAUCAAAUAACUAUCGGACGAAGGAAGCGGCAGUUCGGCUUAGGGUCCUCCGAGGGGCCGGACGGUCGCCCAGGGCAACGCGGGGAGCGGGUCUAAUCGUGUGGGAAUAAAGUUGUGCUCCAGUG